GCUUUAGGGAGCUUCCGAGACGCAGAUCACGUGAGUGGCGUCAGCUGACGGACGCCAUUGCCGCGGCUUUUGAGAGGGCGCUUGAUCAGUGUCGGGAUGUCUUCUGCCGCCUCGUCCUCCUCCGAUGACACGGAGGCUUCCUCCGGAGCCGAAGCGACCAAGGCGGCGGCGGCAGCGGCGGCGCUGCUGCUUUGGGAGCGCGCUUGGUCCCUCGAAGAGAUUCGCUCCAGGAGCCAGUCAUGGUCCCUGGCGGCCGACGCUGGGCUUUUGCAGUUUCUGCAAGAAUUCUCCCAGCAAACAAUCUCCAGGACCCAUGAAAUAAAGAAGCAGAUGGACAGACUGAUUCAUGAAACUAAAAGUAUAGAUUGCCGCCUACAUAAUGUCUUCAAUGGUUUCCUCAUGCUUUCAAAUAUGCAGUUCAUUGAAAACAGAGUUUAUGAUGAUGAAAUGGAUGAACUCAUAUCCAAAACGGAAGGAGGAGACAAAUUAGAACAGGAGAAAACCCGUGAACAGAAAGAAGCUGAUUUGAUUCCCAAGAUUCAGGAAGCCAUCAAUUUUGGGCUGCAGGUAUUAGACAGUGCCUUUGAACAACUGGACAUCAAAGCAGGGAACUCAGACUCUGAAGAAGAAACCAAUGAAAGGCUGGAACUAAUACUGGAGCCUAAGGACCUUUAUGUUGAUCGACCUUUGCCAUACUUAAUUGGCUCCCAGCUGUUUAUGGAACAAGAUGAUGUUGGGCUUGGUGAUCCUUCCAGUGAAGGUUCGGUGGAUGGUGACCAUGGAAGCCUAAUAGACAGUGAAGGAAAAGAAGAAGAGGAACUGGAAGAAUUUGGGACUAUAAGUGAUGAAGAUCAGAAACAGAGAACAGUACUAAUGAGUGAUGAAGAUGAAGAUCUUUUUGGUGAUGAUGAAAAAGAGGAAGAGGGUGACCUAGAAGAAAAUACAACAUUGAAAAGACCCACGUCGUUUACUGAUGAGCUUGCAGCUCGAAUCAAAAGGGAAGAGCUAAGUAAAGAACAGGAAGAACAAUUACAUACGAAAAAUAAGACUACAGUCCCUAUUAAGGAAGAUGUUAAUGUUAACUCAGAUGAUGAGGAUAUCUUUAAACCUCCCAAGCUGACAGAUGAAGAUUUCUCACCAUUUGGUUCUAAAGCUGGACUCUUCAGUGGUGGGACAGGACUCUUCGAUGAUGAGAAGGAUCUUUUUGCUGAAUUGCCAAAAGAGGAAGAUUCAAAGGAAAAAGAAACACGAAUACCAAUAAAUGAUGAACCCUCAUUAAAAGCAGUAAAGAAAGUUCCUCCUGGAGCAGUUUCUCUCUUUCCAGGUAUAAAUGAUGUAUUUAGUCCUUCAGUUCUACUGGAGAAAGAGAAUAAAAAGUUGACAGAAUCAAUCACAGAUAAAUCUCCCAAGCUAUAUGAAGCUCCUGGUCUAUUUGAGGAAGAUAACAACUUUGAAUCCAAUAAGAGUAGUAGUGUUGUAGCCAAAUCUUCUGUGGACUUCUUUGAUGUUGAUGGGGAUCUAUUCAAGGAAAAGGCUGACAUUGCAAAAAACAGUCAACCUUCUUCUGAUAAGAAGUUCAAAAAUUUAACUCCAACACCUUUCAAGAGUCAGAAAAGCCUAUUCUCUGAUGAAGAGGAUUCUGAAGAUUUGUUUUCUUCACAUCAGCCUACAGAAGUGAAGAAUUCAUCUUUGUCAUCUACUAAAGUAACGAUAAAAACUUCAUUGUCUUUGUUUGAAGAUGAGGAAGAAGAGGACCUCUUUGGAUCUGUGCCAAAGAUGUCAAAAUCUUCUCAGAAGAGAACAGCCACCUUAUUUUUCAGCAGUGAUGAAGAGGAUCAUUGUAAUAAUAAAAAAGAGGUCAAAGCUACUUCUGAAGGAAGUAAAAAAAAGGUACCUGUAAAGUCUGCUUAUGGGUCCAGUCAAGCUAUUAAGAGAAGCCUCUUUGAAGAAGGAGGAGAAGGAGAAGAUGAUUUUGUUGUUACCACAAAAGACAGCAGUAAAAAAACACCUCAAAAAACUGCUGCUCUAUUUGAAGAUGGUACCUUGCACUACAGCUCUCAACCAGCCUUAACCAGCCCUCAACCAGCCUCAUCUGAUGCCCAAACAAUAACAGUAUGUACAGACCAACAGAAAGAUUUCUUGGAAACACCUCAAAAGAAAUUAAUAGAAAAGAAGGCAGGACGUUCAGAAGAAUCUGGUAUACAUCAUGGUUAUGAUCUUGGAGAAGGAGGAAAUGUACUGGAGCAACAAAGGAAUGAAAAACUCUUUUUCGAGAAAGAUGCCAAGAGAAAGAUGCGAACUGUAUACAGUUUGUUUGAGGAAGAGGAGAAAAAUGAAGUUAUGGAUUCUAGUAAGAAUAAACAUAUUGGAAUAGGGAAGCCUUCAGAGAAGAGCACAGGUGUGUUUCAAGAUGAAGAACUUCUCUUCAGCCGUAAACUGCAGGAAGACAAUGAUCCUGAAGUUGACCUUUUUGCUAACGAAAAAGUGAUUUCAAGCCCUAAAGCAAAAUUAUCAUCUGGAGAAUGGCUAUUUGGGACUGAUGACAAUGGUGACGAUGGUCUGUUCAGCAGUUCUGCCACAAAGUCCUUGGUACUGGAAAAGAAAAUGAAAAUAGAGAAAGACAGCACCAUUUUGUCCUUGGAAAAGGAUAGUAAAGUUCUGCAGACUAAUCAAAAUGAGAAACAGGGAGAAUCAAAAACUCAGGCCACUGAGGGAGAAUUGGAAAUUAACACAAAAGAUAAACUGUACAAGAAAACUACUGUGAAACCACCUUCAAAGGGACCAUCUCACUUACCUGAUGACACAAAGCAUACCAAAGUAGCUUCCACAAGAAAUACUACAGAGAUGGGAGUUAGUUUUGAUAACCCUAUGAAAGCCAACACAUUGCAAAAUGUGAACAAGGGAAGAAUCAAAGUGAGCGGGCAACGAAGACCAUCAACCAGAACUGCCAGGCGAUUAGCUAUUGAAGAACUUGACAAAAAUGAAAUAAAUACUUCAGAGAACGCCUCUCUGCCUAUCUUAAAAGGAAACUCUGGACCACCAACUAUAUUAUAUAAUAGUGAACUGCACAGAAAGAAAAAUACUGAAAAAGUUUGCUCGGUUCCAUCAACCAACAGCAGCAACCAACCCAAUGAGUCAAAAUAUAGCCCUCUUUUAAAAUCAACAGCCUAUUCUGAUGCGAAUGAUCUCUUCGAGUCCGACAAUCUUUUCACCAAGGAUAACAAUUCUAAAGCAGCCUUAAGACAAAAAACAACCCUGGAAACUGAAAGCAUUGUAAGCCAGGUUUCAAAAAGUGAGGAAUUGUUUCCUGCUGCACAAGAGAGUACAAGUUGUGAUAACCUCUUUCACUCUAGAAAGACAUUAAAGAAAUUAAGUCCUGUCCCUUUCCCGGAGGAAGAACAGGAUAUCUUCAUCACUAGUAAGAAAACUGUGAAAAGAAAAGAAGAGGAACCCACACCUCAGUUACAUCAAAACUUCCCAAUCCAUGACAUUUUUGAGGAUGAUAUAUUUGCAGUAGAAACCGUUAAGCUGCCAGACAAAGCAAAAGAGAUGGAAGUCAAUUUGUUUGAUGAUGAUGUUGACAUCUUUGCUGAUCUUGCUGUAAAAUCAAAGGAAAAGAGUACCAGAAAGAAGAUGGAAGCUAUAUCUAUAUUUGACGAGGACACAGAUGAUAUCUUCUCCCCUGCUAGUCAAUCUAAGACAUCAACAAAAAAGACCGCCUUUCAGUCAGUCUCAGGAAGUAAGUGUGAAGUUAGAACAGCAAGCACUUUUGACGACCCUCUCAAUGCAUUUCAAGGGCACUAAUAAAGAGACUGCUGGCCAAUGUA